AUGAACAACCACUUUGCGGCCGUCGGCGAAAAGCCCACCGAUGGCAACUACGAGCAUGGCGUCCAGGUUAUUGACGAGGACAAGGAAUUCAAUACCAACAUCACCGACUACCUCCGCGUGACGGACGUCGCCGAGGCCGGCUUCAACUACCACCUCAUCUCCGUCUUCGGCUCCCAGUCCACCGGCAAGUCGACGCUUCUCAACAAUCUCUUCGGCACCGAGUUCUCCGUCAUGUCGGAGACGGAGCGUCGCCAGACGACCAAGGGCAUCUGGAUGUCCAAGAACAAGCGAAUCGAGAGUGCCGGCAAGAAGAUGGCCGACAACAUCCUCGUCAUGGACGUCGAAGGUACCGACGGUCGCGAACGUGGCGAGGAUCAGGACUUUGAGCGAAAGAGCGCCCUCUUUGCGCUCGCCACCAGCGAAGUCCUCAUUGUCAACAUUUGGGAGCACCAGGACAAGCAGUCCACCCCACGAUCGCUCCUCUUUUUCGUUAUUCGAGACCACCUUGGAAACACGCCCCUUGCGAACCUCCAGACGACUUUGAUCCAAGAUUUGACUAAGAUUUGGACCUCGAUCUCCAAGCCGUCCGGUCUCGAGGGCGCCAAGAUUGAAGACUACUUUGAUUUUGGCUUCGCUGCUCUUCCCCACAAGAUUCUGCAGGCCGAAAAGUUCGUCGAAGAGGUCAGAAAACUCGGUGCGAGAUUCUCUCCUGCGAACCGAUCCGGCUCCAAGGAAAACGGCACCCACGGCGAGGAAGAGCUGCAGGGUGGUAUCUUUUUACCCGAUUACCACCGCCGAAUCCCCGCAGACGGCUUUUCUGUUUACGCCGAGGGUAUCUGGGACCAAAUUGUCCACAACAAGGAUCUCGAUCUCCCCACUCAGCAGGAGCUCCUGGCCCAGUUCCGAUGCGAUGAAAUCGCCAAAGAGGUAAUUGCGGCGUUUGACGUCAUCCUUGCUCCCCUAGAGGAGAAGCAAGUGGAGGCAUCCAACCUGGGUAAGAUUCUGGUGCUCGCCAAUCUUGGUGUCACCGGCAGCGAGGCUCGUCAAAAGUGUGUCAAUGCUUUCCAAACUCAGGCUAGCCGCUAUCACAAGAAGGUGUACGGCGAGAAGCGCAUCGAACUCGAGAGCAAGAUUGAUGGUCGGCUCAAGACUCUGUAUCAAGGUCAGCUGGCUGCCUCUCACAAGGGUGGUGUCGCUGCUUUUACCGACGCUGUUAGCAGCCAGGUCAAAGCUGGCCAGAAGGCUGGCGGCGGCUAUGAGUUUGCCGAAAUCGUCUCAAGCGAAAAGGAAAAGGCCCUCAAAGUUUUCAAGACUGAAGCCCAGAGCCUUGCUAUUCAGGGUGUCCCUUGGACCAACUUCAAACCCCAGUACCAGCUGUACGAAGCUGAUCUCGAUGAGGUCAGCGGCAGACUGCGCAAGGAGGAGAUGCGACGCCUCGCUACGCGCGUAGAACGCUGGGUCAAGUCCCGCCUUGGCGAUGCCAUCGGUGUUGAAUUCAACAAGCUCGGAUCUGGCAGAGGUGGAUCGGGCGCUCCAGAGGAAGGCGAGAAGCCAGAUACUGAAAAGGAUCUAUGGGACCGCAUCUGGAACGUCUUCACCGACAUUGUCAACGAGGCUGAAAGCCGUUUCGUUGACCGCGCAAAGAGCUUCGAUGCUAGCGAGGAAGAGGUCGUUGUCGGGCUGUGGCGUCUGCGUCGUAAGAGCUGGGUUGGUCUUCGAGAAAAAAUUGAAGAAGAGGUCAUGGAGGGCAACAUUCUCCUGAAGCUUAGAGAGAACUUUGAAGACAAGUUCCGCUACGACGAGGCCGGUGUUCCUCGCAUUUGGCGCCCCACCGAUGACAUUGAGGGCGUGUAUACAAAGGCCAGAGAAUCGACACUGACCUUGAUUCCUUUGCUCUCUCGCUUCCGUCUAUCGUCAACCUAUGCACCCCCCGAUCUCGUGAGCUUCAUCGGCCACCAACCGGCCGGCGUUGAGGCCGGUGAUGAGGAGGAUCUGGCCCCUAUUGGUGGCGUUGAUGAGGAGGAAGGCAAGAGCCUGGAAGAGGAAAUGACGGUGUUGAGCGAGAGCAAGCGCCAAGACCUCGUUGUACGAUUCAAGAAGACGGCCGAUGGCGUCUACGUCGAGGCCAAGCGUGGCGCCAUUGGUGGCGUUGCGCAAGUUCCUCUGUACUUUUACGGUAUUCUUUUGGCACUUGGUUGGAACGAAAUCUGGAUGGUUCUGCGCAACCCUUUCCUGUUCAUCCUUUUGUUACUCAUUGCUGGAGGCACAUAUGUCGCCUACACACUUAACCUCUUGGGUCCCAUGAUGCAGAUGAGCAAUGCUGCCGUCAACCAGGGCAUGGAUAUUGCCAAGCACUCCCUGCGCGAGUUCAUUGCCAACUCGGACAUGGCGCGCCAGGCUCUUGCCGUCCCCGCGGACCAAAGCAGAGACGACAGCAUCGGCAUGGAUACGCUCGACAGCCGCGGUAAGAAGACGGCUGCUCCUGCGAAGAAAGACGAUGAUGAUGAUGACAUUUGA